AUGCAGAAGAAGCUGCGCAGUGGCCAGUACAAGACCAAGGCGCAGUUCGCCCACGAUCUGAAUCUCAUCUGGGACAACUGCCUCGUGUAUAAUGCAUCGCCCCAACACCCCCUGCGCCGCAAUGCCACGUACAUGCGCAAAAAGUCGAACCACCUGCUCGAGUUCCUCAGCGAGAAAAACGAUACCAAGGACCUCCUCAGCCAGUGGCACCCCGCGUCGCUGCGCGUGACGCCAACACCGAGCACGCCCGACGCGUCGCUGGCCGUCGCAUCGGGCACGCCGACGCCGGCGCCUGAUGCAGCACCGACGAAUGGCGCGGCAGCGAGCAUUCCUGCGUCCCAUGCACCGGCCAUGGAUCUUGCGUCGGAGGCCGUGCCGCUGCACGAGCAGCGAGCCUUGCGUCGUAGCGCGGACGCUACCCACACGUUUCACGUGCUGGACGAGGCGCUCAGCCAGGCCCGUGAACCGCGGGAUAUUUCCUCUGCCUGGGACUCACUGCGGCAGGUGCGGGCAGCACGGCGCGACCCACUGGACUAUGCGCUGCGGACGGCCGCGCCCAGUGUGCACCGGGCAUGGUGGGCCGCCUGCCAGUCCGACUCGCUUGUGUGUGCGGGCCUCCCAGCGAUUGCCUACCGUGGCAUGCGUGACGCAGACGCGUUCUCCGCGCACACUUCCGCCGAGGCUGGGCCGAGUCGCGCGCCGGCCGUGGCACCGCGACUCCCGAUGGACCGGCCCGGUGUGCCGCGCCUCAUGGCACGAAACAUCCGCACGCUCCGCCGCCUAUACCACACGCACCAAAAGUUUUACCAACUCGCGGCGGCUGUGGAGCUGGAUUUGCCUGUGCCGGCGUCGGUGGCCGAGGUAUCCGAUGACGACGACGACGAAAAUGACGAGGCGGCACCGACAUUUGCGCCGCCGCAGCCGUACGAGACAUCGGCGCCGUAUCCCCGCCUCACAUCCGCGUGUGCACAGGAGCAACUGUCAUGGCACGUGCAGACGCUUCUGGCGCACGCAGGCUUUGAGGGCGGGCAGACGACGGCGGUGCAGGUGCUCGCCCAAGUCGCGUCCGAGUACCUCAUGGGCCUGGGGCGCACACUGCGCCUGUACAGUGACCGGUUCGCGCAGCGCUUCACGCCUGCAGAUAUGCUCGAGCAUGUGCUGGGCGGCAGCGCUGCGUCCAUCGAGGCCUAUGUGCGCAACGACAUUGAGCGGUAUGGACAGCGUCUCAAGGAGUGGCUGCGCAAGAUGCAUGCGGCGCUCCGCGACCAGCUACAGUCUCUCGGCGGGACUGUGGAAGACACAGACCUGCUCGCACGCGAUGGCGAGGCGCUGGUGCUGGGCCACUUUGCCGCGGGCCUAGGCGACGACUUUUUCGGGUUCCGCGAGCUCGGUCUCGAUACCGAGCUAGGCAUGGCACAACUCGCCGUCCCGAGCCGCCUCUUUUUUGGAGGUCGACCCGUGCACAAGGCAGUGGCCGGGGGCAUCACCGAGGCGGCGCCUACGUACACGCCGCCGCCGCCGCCCAUCCCUCUUACGCGUGCAGCGGUGCCGGCUCAAAUUGGGCUGCUGCGCCCAUGGUACCUAGCUGAGAUGGGGUCCGAUGCGACGCUGCCGGACCAGGUGCCCGAGCGGCCCCGCUACAAAGUGCCUACGAACGGCAAGCUGCCUACGCACGCCCUCACCGUCGACGAUGAGGCGCGGGCAGCGAAGACGCCGACGAAGCGCAGGCGUGUUGUAGAGCCACGUGGCCCAUGA